AUGUCUGACGACCAAAUUUCGCUGCCCUACUUCGCAGCGAUUCUGAUUAUCCUGGGCUUCAUCGCGCGCUAUCUGUUCUUCAAUGGAGGAGGAGCUUCGGCAGCGCAAUCGCCGCGAUCGCCCGAGGCGCUCCUGCGAGCUCGAGAAACAGCUGUAGAAAGAAUACAGCAGAUGUUCCCACAAACGGAACGACGGACGAUUUUGUGGGAUCUGCACAGGAAUGGGAUGAACAUACAGAACACGACGGAGAGGAUUCUGGCAGGCCGUCUGGAAACACCUCCCAUUACUUUCCAACCCCCUGCGCCACCACCGCCGAACACCACGAGCGCGAGCUCGGCGGCAGCUCUCCGCAAAGUCGAGAAGCCGUCGCAGCCAGACCUGAUCACGCGCUACAACCUUACCAAUCGUAUCACCAGCUCGACUGCGACCGAUGAUACGGUCAACAUCGAUUCCAAGACCAAAGCCUGGAGCUCCAAUCGAGACGAGAGGCAGGCGUCUUUGCAAAAAAGAAGGGAGGACAUGAUCCUUGCCGCAAGGAGGAAGAUGGAGGCGAAACUCGCGAAAGGGAAAAGCACCUGA